AUGCCUGAAUCUCCGGAAUCGUCUCAUGACGCACAGGCGGAUGCGGAACUUACAAUGCGUGCGAUGAUGGGCUUCAGCUCAUUUUCCGAACGCCGGCCCAAAAAUCAAUCCCAUACAUCGCUCAUGAAUGCCCAACACAGUACAACAGACUCGAAGGAACCGGCACCAGAUGCACCAGGAUCAUCUGACUUCUCAGACUCUCGCCAUCCACAAGCAUUCGAGUCUCAAAACCCGCCUGGGGAUGAUGAACAAAUGUCAAGUCUCCACAACGACCUGUCUCCCAACUCCACACCUUAUCCAGCACAACAACAACAACAGACAAGCUACGCAUUCACUUCUCCACAAACGGGAAUAUCGUACACGUCGGAGGAGCUGGAACAGUGGUCUCGAGGCAAAGUCAACGCGCGAGGUGACAAGGUCUUCUUCAAGCCCGGCUUUGUAUCUGACGAUCCUUGGUUCCGACUUCGCGGCGGUGCAGGGAAUGGUGGAGAAAAUCUCGGCGGGAAUAGGGGGAAAGGCCCAGGGCAAUAG